UUUGGCACUCUUCUCUCUCUCUCUCUCUCUCUCUCUCUCCGCACACUGUGUAAGCCGCUGAGGAGGGCUUCAAAAAUCUCGAAAGCAAAACCUAACUGAAGAAGAUCAGAGAAAAUAGCAAAAAUAAACGCAAAAUAUUAAAUGGGUUUUCAAAAGAAUUGAAAAAUAAAAAUAAAAAUAAAAAUACAAAGAACAUAAAUUUUAGAUCCUCUCCUUCCAGCGCCACUCUCCUACGCGUUUUUGGUUCUUCCACUUCUGCCAGAUCUCUGUCCUCCAUAAACCGUCCAAUCCAAGCUCUUCUUUAUCUUUCUUCCUCUGUUUAAAAAGGACAAGCAUUUGUUCAUGAAACCGAGGCUUUGGACAAUUUUUUGCAACUUGAGAAUGGACGGCCGAGAUUGAUUUUUUUGAGAUCAGAGUGUUUUUGGUUUUUUUUUUUCUUUGGGUUCUUGUUUGUUGGUUGUUAUUUCUGAGAUGGGGAGUAGUUCUGGUGAGGCCAAAUCCAACGGCAUCGAUGCAUCGGUGGGCGGGUUGGUUUGGGUCCGCCGCCGAAACGGGUCGUGGUGGCCGGGCCGCAUAAUGGGCCUCGACGAGUUGUCGGAGGGAUCCUUGGUUUCGCCGAGAUCGGGGACUCCCGUUAAGCUUCUGGGCCGCGAGGACGCAAGCGUGGAUUGGUAUAAUCUUGAAAAAUCUAAGAGAGUGAAGUCAUUUCGUUGUGGGGAGUAUGAUGAAUGCAUUGAAAAAGCGAAGGCUUCUGCAGCUAAUUCCAAUAAAAAAGCAGUUAAAUAUGCUCGAAGGGAAGAUGCCAUUCUCCACGCUCUUGAGAUUGAGAGUGUUCGGCUUGGCAAGGAUCGCGUGGACUUCUUCCAAAGGGAUAAUUCAGGUGUUGACCUUGGUAGUUCCGCCAGAGAGUCACCUAGCAUGUCUCAUUCUGGGGAAGAAAAUGAGGAUAUGGCUGACGAUGUGAGUGAUUCUGAAGACAAUUCAAAUUCGGCACCAGAGUUAUCUCAAUCUGGUAUAUCUUUUGAAGAUCCAAAUCAUAAUAAUUCUUCUAAGGUCCAACCUGUCCUAGGAAGAAGAAGAAGAACCCCAAAUGAUUCAGAGGAUGAUGGAACAGAAGGGGUUAAGCGUAUGAGAGGACUUGAGGACCUGGGCAUGGGUGUAGUGUCGAAAAGGAAGGCUGGAGGGGUGCUUGAUCUGGUUCAACAAGAUGGUGCUUCACUUUGUGAUUCAAGUGCUGGGAAUUGCACUUCUAAUGGAAGUCCUGUCAAUGGUAGCAAAGGUUAUUCAUCUUCACUCAGAAGAAAGAGAUCUCAAGUGCCAAAUGUUCACGAAUUCUUGAAAAGAAAAAAUCGUCGCCGACCAUUGACGAAGGUUUUGGAGAGUACAGCCAUGGUGUCUGUUCCAGUUAUUUGUGAUCAACUUCCCAGUUCAAGUGGCUCACCUCUUCAGGGUGUAUCUGAUAGCAGGGUUUCUGGAUUAGAAUCUAAUGAGUCGAAGAAAUCUGUGAUUAUUAGCAAUAAUUCAGACAGCACUGGAGUUUCAUGUGAGAAUGGAGUCCCUUUAAAUGCUUCUGAACAUGCUUGUGACGCUUCCCAUAUCGUUUACAAGACGAAGGAGAAUGAAAUUUCCAGCAUAACCGGGUUAGCUGAUCAUGAUUCUUCUGACAGGUUAUUUGAUGUGCCAUUUGUUGGGGUCCUUGGGGAGGAAAAACACACAGCAGGUUUUUCGCCUAUACCUGUGUCUUUGUCAUCUGGAAGGCAUCAUGGUGGUGCAUUGGGAAGACAAUCUAGUCAAAGUUGUCAAGCUGAAGCUGUAUCUUUGAGAAAUGAGGGACUUAAUGAAUCUGUGUCUACCAGUUCAGCUGCUGUUAAUAAUAUUAGCCCGAGGAUAGAGAAAGGUACUUCAAAGUGGCAGUUAAAAGGAAAGAGGAAUUCAAGACAUUUAAGUAAAAAUAGAAAACAGGACUCCAGAAAAUAUGUGGACAUGGAUGAUGAAUCCAAUGCUUAUUUGGCAGGUAUAGAACACUCGGAGGGUUCAGAUCAGAAAGUUGAUUGCACCGGGAUUGGUGGACACCCCACUUCAUAUAAUUGUACCUUACGAUCAAAGUGCAAACCAGAUGCUGAGGGCCCAGUAGAUGGGUUAAGGGAUUGGAGCAAGCGUCUGUCUCAGAGGGAUUCUCAUAUGAGAGUGCCAACAGCUGAGGCAAAGCUAUCACCUGAUGGCUCUUUGAGACCUCAAAGGUCACUUCCAUAUCGUCAGUCCCGCUUUACAGUUCACUCUAGAUAUCAGAUACCAAAUUUCCCUGUCAGAAAUAUUAGUGCUGAUGCUUCAUUAUAUGAUGUUAAGCUUGAGGUGAAAGCCAGCUAUCGGCCCCAGCAUGUUCCGUUGGUUUCCCUAAUGAGUAAGUUGAAUGGAAAAGCCAUUGUCGGUCACCCUCUCACAGUCGAGGUUUUGGAUGACGGCCAUGGUGAUGAUCUGUUGAGCGGCAUGGAGUGCAAUCUGGAAGUCGGUGAAAUGCAUAAUGCUGCUAAGCCGAAUUCAGUAUCCGGUAGAGGUCCUACCAAGAACUUGGCAUUGCAACCGCGUUUUUCACCAACCAAAUCACAAAAAAUGAAGAAAUCUGGGUCAUUGUCCAAAAAGAUACGGAAACUGUCUUCAUUGACUGGUCACAAGCACUCUGAAGAAGAGCGGAAACCAGUGGUAGAUAAGCCUAAAGGUCCUGUUAUAGCUUGUAUCCCACUAAAACUAGUCUUCAGUAGAAUAAAUGAAGCAGUGAACGGAUUGGCACGGCCAACACACCGUGUAUUAGCAUCAAGCAAUCCAUGAGUUUGGUUCCAAGGGAGAAGUUGCAGUUGCUGGAUUCUACCUCUAAAUUUGGUUCUUUGGUAUUUAUUAGGUAUUUUGAUUCGGUUCAGCAGCCAAGCGGCUGCCUUUAUUUAACCGUGCUGGGUUUGCAGCACCAUAUAUUCUGCCUUUCAAGGUGGAAUCCUCCUCUACAAUUUCAUGACAUUUCGUUAAUGUACAACUGGUAGGAGUACGGCCAAAGGAGGCUGCUCUUGGCUCUGUAUAUAUUGUAACAUUAUGUAAAGAUGGUGAUCUGGUAUUAGGUAUUGGUGACCUGAUAUUAGGUAUUUAAUUCAGGUUGAUUCGGAGGCAAUAACUUCAAUCCCCAUGCACUUGGGUGUUGGCCAUGAUUAGUAAUUUACUCCAAUCCACCUUUUCUUUAUCA